UUCACAGCUGAUUGCAAUGCUGUUCUUAAAGCUCUACAGCCCAUUUUUCAGGAGCAGGGAAUGACAGAAACAGUUUAUAACUGGGAAGACCAUGGUUAUUUAGCAACCUACAUCAAAAAAAAUGGCAGUUUUGCCAAUUUGAGAAUUCACCCCCAUGGAUUAGUGUUGGUGGAUCUGCAGAGCUACAAUGAUCAUACGAAAGGAAGAGAGGAAGUUGAUCAGCUUCUAAACAAAGUAGAAGAAAGAAUGAAAGAAUUGUUUCAUGGUAAUAUAAAAAGGGUGAAACGAUUGCCAGCUAUUUUGAGAGGAGGUGUCAUUGAUAGAUACUGGCCCACAGCUGAUGGGCGCCUGGUGGAGUACGACAUAGAUGAAGUUGUUUAUGAUGAAGAUUCACCUUUUCAGAAUAUUAAAAUUCUGCAUUCAAAACAGUUUGGGAAUAUUCUUAUCCUCAGUGGGGAUGUUAAUCUGGCAGAGAGUGACCUGGCAUAUACUCGAGCCAUAAUGGGCAGCGGAAAGGAAGACUACACUGGCAAAGAAGUGCUAAUCCUAGGAGGUGGAGAUGGAGGUAUACUAUAUGAGAUAGUCAAACUGAAGCCAAAGAUGGUUACUAUGGUAGAGAUUGACCAAAUGGUGAUCGACGGGUGUAAAAAGUACAUGCGUAAAACAUGCGGAGAUGUCUUAGACAAUCUGAAAGGAGAGUGCUAUCAGGUUCUAAUUGAAGACUGUAUUCCCGUACUGAAGAGGUAUGCCAAAGAAGGAAGGAUGUUUGAUUAUGUUAUUAAUGAUCUGACGGCUGUUCCAAUCUCCACAUCUCCAGAAGAAGAUUCCACAUGGGAAUUUUUGCGAUUGAUUCUUGACCUCUCAAUGAAAGUCCUGAAACAAGAUGGAAAAUACUUCACACAGGGAAACUGUAUCAAUCUGACGGAUGCCUUGACUCUGUAUGAAGAACAGCUUAGCAGGCUUUAUUGUCCUGUGGAGUUUUCAAAAGAAACUGUGUGUGUGCCCUCCUACAUGGAAUUAUGGGUAUUCUACACUAUUUGGAAGAAACAAACUGACAACUGAACAUCAAGAUUAUUUGCGAUUAUCCUAAAUGUACAUGCUGCAUGGAGCAUAUAGGCCUGCCACGUGCUGCGUAUUGGCAUCUUGAACCUUUAAAUUAUAUGCUGUAGAUGAUCCUGAAACUUAGUCAUGCUAUUGAUUGUGAAUUCUUUAAAUGUUUUUUAUUAUUAUUUUAAUUUAAAAGCAAAUGGAAAAUGUAUAUUUUGAUGAGCUAGGGUGUUAUUUUUGAAAGUCAACUUAAAGAUGAAUAAGCAGCAAAACUAUAUAGCUGCUGAAUGCACUGAACCUUUAGAAUGUGAUCCUUUUUAUUUUUUUGUAGAUCUUCACAAAACUGAUUGAUUAAAAAAGGCAUCUUUAGCAUUUCAUCACUGAAGGGUGGUCCAUGGAGUUUGUUUUGGCUUGUUUUUUUCACCAGAUUAUUUUAUCUACGGUGCUCUUUAAGGAUGGAGGGGUUUUUGAUUUAUUUUUUUUUUAAAUGAACACCGCUGUGCUUCCAUACAGAAAAUGAGGGCAUAAGUAAAAAAAAGUAGGAGGAAAAAAAAAAAGAAGAAAGAAAAAAUCUUCUGAAAGGAUACCCCAGAUCCUUCAUUGCAAAGGGAAGAAAGCUAGUCUUUAAUUUUGUUUAUUUACUCUAGUUUCAUUCAUUGUUGCUGUAAUUUCAUUUGCAGAAGAAUCUUUGACCUUUCACCUCAUAGAAUUCUUUAGCUGCUGCCAUAUUGAUUAUUUGGAUUUUGGUAUGGAUUUAACUCUAGAUUAUAGAGGCACUCUGAACUCUAUCAACAUGAAAAUUUCCAUCCCACACCACAACACAAGAAACUGAGUGUAAUGAGGUUCUUGUGGGCAUACACUCCUCAGCCUUAUGGGAAGCACUAGGUUCUUAAAGAAGGAAAGGUUGCUUUAGAGGGCAAAGAAAUGUGGGUGUCAUCUAGAUUCCUGUGCACCAGUGUUGAAUGUUUUGAGGCAAGUAUGUGUACUUCAGUAGGGUAGGCCCUGGCCACGUUGCCACAGAUUGACCAUGCUGUGUGGGGCUCUUGCUGAAUUAGAUUCGCUUGCAGUGUAAAAAUCAGUGGAAGCUAGGUUGCAUUGUGGCUUUGUUCUGAAAGAUAAAGCAUUUUUCUUUUAACUGUUUUUCAUGUUGUCCGAAAAGUUCUAUUUUUGUAAGAAUGUGCUAUGUAUUGACUAAAACUUUGCUUUCAGUGAUUAAAAGAUCCCACUUGAAAGGAGGUAGGAAGGAUAUAACCAUUCUGUGCAUUUCUGUACAUUUCGAAGAUAGAAUAAAAAGUGCACUAU